UCGCGCUGCAAGCCCAGAAAAAGAUCCUGAGUAAAAUGGCAACCAAAACCAUGGCUAACAUGCUGAUCGAUGACACAAGCAGCGAAAUCUUCGAUGAGCUGUACAAAGUAACAAAGGAACACACAAGAAACAAAAAGGAAGCCCAUAAAAUUAUGAAAGACCUGAUUAAAGUGGCAAUAAAAAUCGGGAUCCUCUAUCGAAAUAAUCAGUUCAACCAAGAAGAGCUGGAAAUCGUAGACAAGUUCAGGAAGAAGCUGAACCAAACUGCCAUGACAAUUGUCAGUUUCUACGAGGUAGAGUACACUUUCGACAGAAACGUUCUUGCAGAACUUCUGAAUGAAUGUAAAGACCUUGUGCAUGAACUAGUAGAUCGACACCUGACACCGAGAUCCCACGGGCGCAUCAACCACGUCUUCAAUCACUUUGCGGAUGUGGAAUUUCUAACUGCCCUGUACAGUCUGGAUGGGGACUGUCGGCCAUACCUCAAAAAGAUCUGCGAUGGCAUCAACAAACUACUUGAUGAGAAGGUCCUUUGAAACUACCCUCAAAACCAAGAAACCAACCAAAAACUUCUCUCUA